AUGAUGGAUCUACAACCCAAAGACAUCGAGCUAAAGCACAUCGACGACGUCGACGCCGACACCAAACCACAGCCCGAAGCCCAAGACAUCAAGACAGAACGACGCGUGAUCUGGAAAUGUGAUGUCCACGUUGUCCCAGUGUUGAUGGUUCUGUACCUCCUUGCCUUCCUGGACCGAAUCAACAUCGGAAAUGCGCGCCUGCAAGGCCUCGAGGCAGACCUCGGCAUGGAAGGGAAUGACUACAACCUCGCGCUGUUUAUUUUCUUCAUUCCGUAUAUUCUGUGCGAGAUCCCGUGUAAUCUCAUUAUGAAGAGACUUGCGCCGUCGACGUGGUUGAGCUCGAUUAUGGCGUUGUGGGGUGCGUUCAGGCCAUGGCUGAUGAUGUACUGUAGUUUUGGAAACUGGCUGAUUGAAUUAGGGAUUACGACAAUCUGCCAGGGGUUUGUUCAGAAUAACGGCGGUCUAAUGACCUGCCGGUUCUUUAUUGGCAUGUUUGAGGCUGGCUUCUUGCCGGGAUGCGUCUAUCUUAUCUCGAUGUAUUACAAACGAUAUGAACUGCAAUGGCGCCUAACCCUGUUCUUUGCGUCGGCCAUACUGGCAGGAGCAGUUAGCGGACUCCUGGCAUACGGAAUGGCGUACAUGGAUGGCGUUCGGGGAUACUCAUCAUGGCGCUGGAUCUUCAUACUCGAGGGCCUUGCUACGACGGUCAUUGCCAUUAUAGCCAAAUUCUUCAUCGUGGACUGGCCGGAUAAAGCGCGGUUUCUGAACGACGCAGAAAGGGUUAUAUUGCAUUCCCGAUUACAGAAUGAUCAGGGUGGUUAUCGAAUGGAUCGGCUCGAUAAGACUGCUGUUCGGCGCAUCCUGAUGGAUGCCAAAAUAUAUCUGGGGACAAUCAUGUAUCUAGGGGUCUUGAACACCGGAUACGCAGCAUCGUUCUUCACCCCGACUAUAUUGAAGGAGAUGGGCUGGACGUCUCUACAGGCCCAGGUGAUGAGUGUGCCUGUCUACGUCGUGGCAGCAGCCGUAACUCUCUGCACGUCCUUGCUAAGUGACCGAUGCAAGCACCGCUUCGGCUUCGCAAUGGCCGGCUGUGUGAUCGCAACAGUGGGCUAUAUCAUCCUCCUCGCGCAGGACUUUGUCACAACAGGGGUCAAGUAUUUCGCCCUCUAUGCUGUCGUCGGUGGUGGCUACAUCGCGCAGCCUAUCUUCAUCGGCUGGCUGAGCAAUAACAUGAGCGGACACUAUAAACAGGCGAUUGCGUCGGCGGUGCAGAUUGGAUUCGGGAACUGUGGUGGCUUUGUCGCGAGCAAUAUCUUCAUCGACUCUGAGGCGCCGUACUAUCGCUCUGGCUAUGGGACGUGUCUUGCAUUGAUCUGGGUGUGUGUCGUUGCUGCGACGGUGCUGUUUUUCAUGCUUGUACGCGAGAAUCGCAGCCGUGAAAAGGGGAAGCGCGAUUAUUUGCUGCGACUGGAUGAGCAGGAGGUGGGCAAUCUGGGGGAUUCGCAUCCACACUUUAGGUUUACUUACUAG